AUGUCGACUGAGCUUCCACCGCCAUUUCGUGAGCGUAUGCUCGGUUUAUUUGAACCAUGUGUUUUAAUGGUUAUGGCUAUCUCUCAUUACAUUCGAGUCUGCGUCGAAGCUAUCAAGCGUGGCGAGGUUCUCGCCCCUAUCAUGCAGACCGCGAAACUUCGUGACGAAGCCUUUGCUCGAUUCUGGAUUGCAUUUACUACAUCCCGGCAACCCCCCGCAACAACGCCCAACGGAGAACCAACACAAGUCGAACCAGCCGGCUCCUCAGCUCUAAUCCCCCCACUCCUCAAAACCGCCUCAGGCGUCGUACUAGACAUCGGCCCAGGCACAGGCUCCCAAAUGCCCCUCCUCCGCUCCCCAGCCAUAAAAGCCAUCUACGGCGCAGAGCCCUGUCUCGGCCUCCACAAAGCAAUCCAGAACAAAGCACUAGCAGAGGGUCUAUCCUCAAAAUACCACCUUCUCCCAUGUAGCGUCGCAUCGUCCGAACUCCUCCCCGCACUCGAAGCUGCCGGUACAGGCGUGGCAGAUGCCCACAAGGCGAAUGGGACUGGUAUCUUCGAUGCAAUCAUCUGCGUGCGCGUGCUAUGCUCUGUCCCGCAGUUAGAGCGGACAACGCGGGAAUUGUAUGCGCUGCUUAAACCUGGCGGACGGGUUCUUGUUAUGGAGCAUGUUGUUAAUCCGUGGCGGACGGCGAAGGGGUCUAUUGCGGCGCGGAUUGCGCAGGGAAUUUAUCAGGUGUUUGGGUGGAGCUAUUUUAUUGGGGAUUGUUGUUUGGAUCGUGAUGUUGAGGGGGCUUUGAGGGGGGCUGCUGAUGAGGAUGGGGGGUGGGAGAGUGUGCAGAUUGAUCGGUCGUUUGAGUGGUCGGUUAUGCCGCAUAUUUCGGGGGUUUUGGUUAAAAAGAGUCGCUAG